AUGAUUGAAGAUACAUCAAAAAUACCUCCAUUAGUAUCAAGUUCAACUCCCACACCUACUAGAUCAAAUUCAAACAGAGAUGUUGAUCUUUUCCGUAAACCAUUGCCACCAGCACCAUUAGGACAACAACCACCAUCGUCUCGUCGUCAAAGACGUAAAAUACUUGAAGAAGAAAAAUUUGUUCAAGAUUUAGGACAUAUUAUCGAACGAGAUUUUUUUCCCGAUGUUAAACUUUUACGAGCCAAAGAAAAAUAUUUAACUGCAUUGGAAAAAAAUGACGUUGUUACAUUAAGAGAUCUCUAUGCCAAAUAUAGUAUACAUCGUGGUCCAACUCCAUCGCCAGCGAUGAUGGGUCAACGAGAUACGCCAUCAAGUUCAUUUGAGACGCCGCUUGAUAGUGGACGUGAUACCCCAAAUAGAAUGAAAGACGAUAAAAUUGAACAUGACGAAUUAUUAUCAAAACGUAAAGACGUAGAUGAUGACGAUGAAGAUGAAGAUAAAGAAUCCGUAUCAUCGAAAUCAAGUACACGUAAAAAAGCACGCGAUCUUCGACUUGAUCAAUACUUAUCAAUUAGUACAAGCGAAGAUAAUAUUUCAUUCGAGCAAAUUAUGGAAGAAACCCAAAAAAAAGAUCGUACGAAAGUUCAUCAAGCUUGGCUUUAUACACAACAAGCGUUGACUCAUACUGGCACAGAUAAUGAAAUAGUUCAUCAAUUACCAGUACCAUCCAUUGAAGAUCAAGUAAAAAUGAAUAAUCCAGAUUCAUCUGAAUUUUGGCCUUAUACAGUUAAAAAUGCUGUCAUGUAUUUUCCUGAAGGUGCAAAAUUAACUGCAGCUGAAAAAAUCGAACAGGCCAAACAUGUUCGUUCUAUACAUCAUACCAAUACUCGUUUUGAAACAGAUCCAUUUACCAUAACAACAGCAACAAAUUCAGCAAGUCGUACUACAACACCAGCUCGACCAAAUGCAUUAAUUCGACCACAGAUUGAUAUUGAUGGGCGAGAAAUAAAACGUGUAACAACACCACAAGUCGGUGGUUAUGGUUUCGUUGUUACACCAUCGCCUAUGCCCGGUGCACAUGGUGAUGAAUCACCUAUGAUGACAUGGGGUCAAAUUGAAGGUACACCAUUCUGUUUGGAUGCUGGUAAUGAAACGCCAAAUGCAGCCGGUGGUGGACCACAAUUUAAAAUCAUUGAAACACCAUUUCGUGAACAAUUAGCAUUAGAAUUAGUGGAGAAAAAUGCUGCACAACAUCGUAAAAAGAAAAUUGAAGCAAUGAAAACAAUUAAUAAAAAUUUUUCAUCGACAAAUAGUGCAAAACAAUCGAAAGAAUUACUUCUGUCGACUAUGAGUCCAGCUGCACAACGUUUACUAACAAAUCGCCUUGGUAUACAACGAACACAAUCAACAAAUUCACAAAGACAACAUGCAUUAACACCAUCACCUAUUGUACGUGAAGGAGCUGCCGGCGAUCGAACACCUAAAACACCAUUAAAUAUAGGAAUUAUCAAACAUUCACCUAGAACACCAAUUAUCGCAACACCAACAGCUAGCAGCAGUUUGACAGAUAAUCUUCUCAAUUUAAAACGAUAA